AGCAUCCAAAACCCAAUAAACCUAUACCUAUUAAACAAGUUACCCACGUUCUUUCGAAUUCCUCGCUUAAGCUAACCAUUUCAUUUUUUCAUAAACGUUCACAAACUUUUUAAAUUUCCAUUUUUCGGCUUUAAAGGACCAAAAACCGACCCCAAACCUAUAUUUAUGUAAUUUAUUUAACACGCAUGCCUAGGUGAUUCCAUAAUUUCCAGGGGCAUGGAUGUGUUGUUCUGUAGAUCCUAUUUUAUUGGAGACCAUGGAAAUCCGUAAAAAAUAAAUAAAUUAGAAUAUUAUAGCCUGUGAAAUGCGUGCUCUAGCUGUAUCAAUAUGGGUGUUUAUCAACCUGGUAUUUUUUGGAAUGUGCGGAUAUAUGUACCUUCUUUGGUCGCAAUAUUGGUUGUAUAUGGAACGGCAAACAGAGGUAUCAUUAUCAAAUUAUGACCAACAAAUAUUCUAUUACAACAGAGGCUAUUUCCCGAAUAAUAGUGUAGUCCAUUUACAACCAAAAUCAAGGCAAAAACAUUCAAUUUUAAAAGAGAAUCUCACAGUAACAUUAAUUAAAAAUAGCAGACCAAGGUUUCCGAAUCUACAACCGAAAGAUUUUCAGCUAGACUCAAAACGAUUCGUUUGUCUAAAAAAUGACAGCUCAAAUGACUGUGAUAAAAAAACGUCUGACUUUAGAGAAAAUAUUAUCAACGAGCUAAGAAGGGUUUUUACAGAUGAAAGUAAUAUCUUGAGAAUGGGCAAGGAAAAUCCAUAUAAUGUCGAGUAUCGAGGUGUUAGGGGGAACUUUAUGGAAAAAAUUCCUAGGAAGGUGUUAUGUGAAUUAAUUGAUACGCCCUUGAAUACAAUAAAGAGGUCUGAUAUAAGAAGCUACCCUUUAAAAGAUUUUAUUCCUAAAAGAGCCUUUUUCGAAAAUAAGCGGUAUAAUAGUUGUGCUAUAGUGGCCAGUGCUGGCUCACUGAAAGACUCCAAGCUUGGUGCAUUAAUAGAUUCUCAUGAUUUGGUUUUGAGAUUCAAUAACGCCCCAACAAAAGGAUUCGAACAGGAUGUGGGUAGCAAAACAACAAUUCGAUUCCUCAAUUCCCAAGUCGCAACAAAACCCCAAUUCAACUUUUUGAAUUCACCUCUAUACAAAAAUGUCACUAUAGUAGCUUGGGAUCCUAGUAAUUAUUCAUCUUCUAUCAAAGAUUGGUUGGAGAAACCUGAAUUCAAUCUGCUUCCGAAUUACAUGGCUUUUAGAAAAAAUUAUCCUAAAUCUAGGACGUUUUUGUUGAACCCACAAAGCGUUUGGGAUGUUUGGGACUUUUUGCAGGAUAAUUCCCCUAGUAUGCUCAGAAGGAAUCCGCCAUCUUCCGGAUUUUUGGGUCUUCGGCUACUUCUUCCUUAUUGCGGCUUUGUAGAUAUAUUCGAAUACGUCCCAUCUGUGAGAGUAACCAAAAGAUGUCACUACUACGAUCCCGAAGAUAACCCUUCGUGUACUUUCGGUGUGUGGCAUCCAUUGGCCGCAGAAAAACUGCUUACUUAUUAUAUCAACUCGGCUAGCGAUAAAGAUGUUUUUCAAACAGGUUUCGUUAGAAUUACAGGUACAAAGAACAUGAACUGUUCUUAAUUUUUUUUUAUUUGUACAAAUAGAUCAAUAAUAAAUAAAUUAAUACUUCGCUGAAAAUUUAGAUAGGAAAUUAAAGACUUCGUUAGUCAAUAAAAAUUUUAUGAAAUGAAACUGAAGAGACUAAAUGCAACGAAUAUAAAUAAAAAAGAAGAAAGAUAUUAAUAAAUAGUAAUAAAAAAAUAUUGAACUGCUUAUAAAAGGUUAAAAUUUUCUAUUUUGUAGAUAUUUAUAAUUAGUGACCCAGACCAUUUGUUAAAAGACAAUGAUACAUUCAGGAUAUUUAUAAUUAUUAUUAACAUGGGCCUAAAUCCGGUCGAAUAAAUAUAUUUUCUUUUUCUAUAUUUAAUGAAAGUUAUAUAAAAUUAAGUUUUUCGUUACAUUUUUUAAAAUUUAUUUCUUGAAAUCUUGAUAUUUGUGUUUGAUGUUGACCAUUGCAGGGUUGGUUCCUUUUGGAAUUAAGACAAUAACAAUAUAUAUGUAUAGCUUAGCUUAUAAGUCCCAAAAAUUUAAAUUAUUAUUAAAUGGUAGAGGAAAAUGAUAUAAAUGACAUUGUCGGACAAAAAAGUUACAUUGAAUUUUGCGAUAUUAAAAAAAAUAAAACACUUUCUUGUGAAUAGAACAUGUUUAUAAUACGAGUAUACACAUUCGUAUCAGAAAAGAGAAAUGCCAAUGUAUAAUUUAAAUAGCUCUCAUCUGAUUAUGGAGGUAUCUGUGGAGAUGCCAUGAGGAAAAUUUUUUCCAUAAGAUUCGUGUUACUAAAAAUGACACCACUGCAGAGUAUCGUAGAGUUACAAGAUAUAAAUGAGUUAUAUACCCAAAAUUCAUAACCCAUUCGAAAUUAAUCUGAUAUGUAGUAUUUAAUGAAAUAUAGAAAUAAUUCUUUGAUUAAAAUUUUGUACCUAGUUCAACUGAACAUGUUUAAAGCAGCAGCAAUAUUUCUUUAUGCCUAAUGUUAAUAAUUUCUUCUUCUUAUAAACUAUACGUAAAAAUAAAUAAAACUAGCCAUUUAAUAAUAAAUAAAAUACGUACCUAACUAAAAAUGUGCAUUUAUGCCUAUUAAAAAAGCAGCUGGGUAAUGUCAAUUUUGAAAUAAAAUUUUACACGAUAAAAUUGUAAAAUAAAGAAUAUUUUGAGCUGUUGGUGGGGAAAUAGUUAUGUUCGCUUUUAUUUUUGUAUUGGGCUUCUUUUAAAUCUUAAAUAUACCCUGAAAGUCUUUUUGUGUCAAAUUCUACUUAUUUCUUGUAUUAUACUUAAAACAGUUAUUAUUAUACAUAUUUCUAAUUUGUAAUAAUUAGAUUAUUUGGUACUUAUCUAAAUGUAACUAAAACGGACCAUUUUGUAUAUAAAAGUUAGGAUAGGUAUCUCAAAAUCCUGACUUGAUAGAGCAAAAUAUGAACAAAACCUUGAUUACUACAGGGAGUGUCCUACAUAUGAUCUGGAUUCAUCAAAAUGGCCUGGUAAUAUACUGGGGGGGGGGCGAUUGGGGGGUGGUUUGUAUAGGAAUAUUUAAGGUUUUAAAAAUCCAUCCCAAAAUAAAAAUGCUCCAUUUAUCUCCACCAACGAUUUUGAGCUAUUGCUCAAUUUGUAGUGCGCAGGGCGUAGCUUGCUAGAUUUUACAAUUUUUGUCUGCUAAACAUUGUGAUUUUUAUGAAGUGAGAAAAUAUCUAGACAUAGAAAGAAUAUUUUGUAUUUAUUACUGUGUACGUUCUAAGAUUUAUUGUAUAUUAUUGUUACGGAAAUAGAUGAUUUCACUGAAAUAAAUUUUUCCCAUUUGAAAUUUCUUUUUUAAUUUCAUCUCUUCUUGGUAAAGGUACACGUUGAAGAUGCAAUAAACGACAAAAC